CUUGAAUUUUCAUAAAUAUCACGAUUGUAUUAUUUCACUCACCACCGAAAAGGACGAAAUGGCCAAUGUCAAGCGUCUGCUAAGCAGUGUGUUGUCGAGCUAUGGGAAGCUUACACAAAGAAACUAUAGCUCAGAUGGGAGGAGACUGGUUACUAUGAUACCAGGAGAUGGUAUUGGACCAGAGAUAUCUAGUUCAGUACAGAAAAUAUUUGGUGCAGCUGGGGCACCUAUAGACUGGGAGGAAGUGGAUGUAACACCUGUAAAAGGGGCUGAUGGGAAUUUUCAUCUACCACAGAAAGUUUUUGAUUCAAUGGCAGUGACACAAGUUGGCUUGAAAGGGCCACUGGCUACACCAAUUGGCAAAGGACAUAAAUCCCUGAAUUUGGCACUUAGGAAAGCAUUUAAUUUGUAUGCCAAUGUCCGGCCAUGUAAAUCUAUAGAAGGGUUUAAGACACCAUAUGAUGCUGUAGAUCUAGUUACUAUCAGAGAGAACACAGAGGGUGAAUAUAGUGGUAUAGAACACACAAUUGUUGAUGGAGUUGUUCAGAGUAUAAAGUUGAUAACAGAACAAGCUUCUAUGAGGGUGGCAGAAUAUGCCUUCAAAUAUGCCAGAGAUAACAACAGAACCACGGUAGUUGCUGUUCAUAAAGCUAAUAUCAUGAGAAUGUCAGAUGGGCUGUUCUUGAAAUGUUGCCGGCAUGUUGCAGAAAAGAACAAAGAUAUUAAGUUCAAAGAAAUGUAUUUGGAUACUGUAUGUUUAAAUAUGGUGCAGGAUCCCACACAGUUUGAUGUUCUUGUGAUGCCUAAUUUAUAUGGUGAUAUUUUGAGUGAUUUGUGUGCAGGUCUGAUAGGUGGUCUUGGAGUGACACCUAGUGGUAAUAUUGGUGAAGAUGGUGCCAUUUUCGAAUCAGUACACGGGACGGCCCCAGAUAUUGCUGGUAAAGAUCUUGCUAACCCGACGGCCCUGUUACUGAGUGCUGUAAUGAUGUUGAGGUAUAUGGAGCUCGGAGAUUAUGCCAGACGUAUCGAGACAGCUGCCCUUAGUGUCAUCAGAGACGGACAGAUUUUGACGGGAGAUCUUGGCGGAAAGUCGACGUGUUCACAAUUCACAGAUGAAAUUUGCAGGAGAGUUCAAGCCAUAGAAUAAAAACUUAAUGAUUUCAGACACCUUAUCUUUUUAAAAUUUUAUUUCAAGUGAUAUGGUAUCAGUAUCAUGAUUUUACAGUAGAAUGCUUAAGUGUUAAAUAACAUUAGCUAAAGUUAUUGAAUACCUCCCUGAAAACAUGAAUCUCACAAAUGUAGAAAUAAGAUUUUUCCUCAUGUUUAGUGCAUUGAUUUCCCAUGUGAGGUGUUCAACUCUUUAUUUAUUUUUAACAUACUGUACAUAAUUUUGUGCAGGGAAUUAAAUUAAGCUAAUUUCACAAAUUAUUGAUUUUUGAUAAUUGAUUUUUGUAAAAUUAAAUAGUAAAUGUGCUUUAUUAGGGUUAAAUCUGUGAAAAUUUCAUUGUUGUUUAUUGUACCAUUUAUGAAGGUGUAUUUAUUAAUUUAUGGUUAUGAUAUUUAUUGCAAUUCUGAACAAAAUACAUAAAUUGAGAGAAUAUUAUGCCUUGAAACAUUACAUUUUUAUUUACAUUUUUCUGAAUAUAUAGUAAUAGAUUGUUUUGAUAAGGUUUCAUUGAGAGGACUUGUUGCACAUAGGGGCUGAUUAUUAUUAUUGUUGAAAAAAAGCAGACUUAGUGCUAGCCUCUGAACCUUGUACAUUGAAUGGUAUUAAAAAUGGAUAUUAGCUUGUAAAAAAUGGGUUUUAUGUGAAUGACCUGUCAGCAAAUAUAACCAUACAAUGUAUUUCAAACACAUUUUAUACAGUUGUAUAUAAGUAUCUACAGAUAACUUAUAUUGUUAUGCUGACAGUUUUUCCUUUGCUGAAAUCCUUUAUACAUUUAUAUGAAUAAAAAUGGUAAUGUUUGUGUUUUUGGUAAGUAUGCAUGCAAUACUCACACUUAAGAAACAAAUUUCCAGCAACAGAAAAACAUUGCAAUAUGGCCUACAAAGAAACAAAUUUCCAGCAACAGAAAAACAUUGCAAUAUGGCCUACAUAGAUAAAAAUCCAAAAUACCAUUUACCAUGGAAUAAAAGUGUAUAAAGCUAUAUAUUUGCUAUUUGUGGAUUAUAGAAUUAUUGUUUAUAUCGUGAUUAAAAUGUUUACAGAAUAUAUAGAAUGAAAGAACUUUGUCAGUAUAUUUUAUUGAAAGUGAGUAGGGCAUGUGUGAAAUCAUCGUCAAAACCUACUAGAACAAUUGCAGAAUAUUUUGUUCCAGAACAUUUUAUUUUGUUCACAUACAUUGUUCAUGUUUAUUUAACUACAUAGACAUCCUUUGCAACAAAUCUUUCAAGAAAUAACCAUUAGAUUAUGAAAACAACACAAUUUUACUGUUUUCAUUUUUUUAUAUAAAUAUUUCAUCAGAUGUAGCUUUAUACACUUUAAUAUGAGUCAUUUUAUCACCUGGGGCGUCCGUGGCCGAGUGGUUAAGGUCGUUGACUUCAAACCACUUGCCCCUCACCGCUGUGGGUUCGAAUCCCGACAGGGACUUUGGAUUCUUUCAUGUGAGGAAGCUAUCCAGCUAGCUUACGGAAUGCGGUGGUUCUACUCAGGUGCCUGUUCGUGCCUGAAAUAAUGCACGGAAAGGCACCUGAGGUCUUCCUCCACCAGUAAAGCUGGAACGUCGCGAUAUGACCUAUACUGUGUCGAUGUGACGUAAAACCCAAAAAACAAACAACAAACAUUUUAUCACCUAUUGCAAUACUUCAAGUGUCAUACCUCCUGAGUCCUGGCUGCAAUAUUAAUGGGGUCUGUCAACUGUUUCAAAAGUGAGGCCAUCUUGUACACCCAUGUGUAUUUUGAGUGGACCCUGUAUACUGACAAAUGUAUAUUCAUCAGCUUUUUAGUACUAAAACCACUUAAAUUAACAUAAUAAUUCCACAUGUUUGUAUGGUUGAUCGUGAGAUUUAUAUAAUCUAUUUACAUAAUUUAUGAAUCAAUUUUCAGUUCAAGCUUGAGUAUUCCAAGAAUUGGGAGAUACCAUAUGAGCCACGUCAUGACAAAACCAACGUAAUGCGUUUGAAAACAGCAUGGAUCCAGACCAGCCUGUGCAUCCGCGCAGUCUGAUCAGGAUCCAUGCUGUUUGCUAUCAGUUUCUCUACUUGUAAUAGAGUUGGUAAGCAAACAGCAAGGAUCCUGAUCAGACUGCGCGGAUGCGCAGGCUGGUCUGGAUCCAUGCUGGUCGCAAACCCAUUAUGUUGGUUUUGUCAUGGCACGGCUCAUAUAUUGUACUCACCCCAGCCUCUGUGUCACCAUUGCACUUUGCUUAAGUUUUUGCGUGUAUAUUGGUAUCUCCUAAAUUACUGAAGGAAAUGGGUUGUUCACUUGUUCUCUGUGAUAAUCUAACUUAAAGGGCACAGGUCCCAUAACUCUUGUGUUACCUUUUAACAAGAGUUAUACCCCUUAUCUUACUGUCAAGCACUGAGAAUAGUAGAGCUGUCUUACAGACAGUUCUUGUUUCUCUAAGAAAGUUUUUUGUUACACAAGUUUUAUGGCCAUGUAUUGAGGGAUGUUUGGCAUAUAACACACACCCAUGAGGCUUGAGAUAUACAUUAUCUAACAACCAUUUUUAUUUUGCCAUAUAACAUGUCUAUAAAAUCUUUAUAGCUGGUUAUACAUGCACACAAUUCCUAAUUAAAAACAGGACACAUCCAUUAAACAAAUGAAAUUACAAAACUUUUGAUUUAUAUACAAUUACAACAAUAGGUUUGUGAUGAGCAGUCGCUUUAUGACUCUCAUUGCAGUGUUUAUUAUUUAUUUAAAGAAGUCCCUCUGAUGCAAGAUUUUAAACAUGUUAUACUGUGCAAUUCACUAUCCCCGUUCAGUUAUUCAGUGUUCUUGUAUGUUGUAUGCAGUAGAUUUUGAUGUGUUAUUCACAUUUUUGUUUUAUUUAAAGAUGUACAAUUUUAAGGCAUCUUAAUUGUAUUUAGAUACACAUGUUAUGUAUAUUGUUUUAGUGCAUUAUUUUAUGUUACAGCUGAAGUUUAGUUUUAUGAGAAA